UUAAUAUAUCCGUUUAGUAUUUAGCUUGUAUCAUGGCUGACGUGCGUGAUAUUCUUGAGUUGGAGCGUCCGGUAACACCGGAGUUAACAAAGGAAUCGCUUUUGAAUACAAAGAAGCGUCCUGUGGAACGGAAAAUUGUUUCCAAACGUCCGGAGGGUAUGCACCGUGAGGUGUUUGCACUUUUGUACAAUGAUAACAAAGAUGCGCCACCGCUCCUGCCUACCGAUACGGUAUCGGGCUACAAAAAGACGAAGGCCCGGCUGGGCAUGAAAAAAGUCCGUCGCUGGGAAUGGGCACCGUUUGUGAAUCCGGCCCGUACCGAUGGGGCAGUCUUUCAUCAUUGGAAGCGUGCGUCUGACGAGCAGAAGGAGUACCCGUUCGCAAAGUUCAACAAACAGCUUGACAUCCCCACGUACACGCUGAACGAAUAUAACGCGCACCUUAAGACUACGAAGUGGACUAAACAACAAACGGACCAUUUGUUCGACUUGGCGAAACGCUUCGACGUGCGAUUCAUAAUCAUGUGUGAUCGUUGGGAGCGGGCAAACUACGGCAUCAAGUCGGUGGAAGAUCUCAAGGAGCGCUACUACGAGGUACUGGGCAUACUGAACAAGGUGCGCAACAAUGGCACAGAAAAGAAGAUGUACGUGUUCGAUGCGGAACACGAGCGGCGAAGAAAGGAGCAACUAAAAAAGUUGUUCGAUCGCACGCCCAAGCAGGUCGAGGAAGAGCAGCAGCUAUUGAACGAGCUGAAAAAGAUUGAGGCCCGAAAGAAGGAGCGCGAGCGUAAAACACAGGACCUUCAGAAACUCAUAUCGCAAGCCGAUCAACAACAGACGGAGCAUCAUCAAAAGGAGCAGCAGCAGCAACACCCACAGCACCAGGGAACGGCAAACAAGAAGCAGGAUAAAAAAUUAAACAAGAAAAAGAUUCAACAGCAACCACGCACAUCGAAGGUCGAUUCCGUUGUUAGUGCGGUGGAGAGUGCCGGUAUCAAGUUUACCGAUUUGCGUGGCACCGGCGUUUCGCUACGAUCGCAGAAGAUGAAGCUGCCGGCCAAUGUCGGUCAGAAGAAGGCCAAGGCGCUGGAGCAGGCUUUGCAGGAGUUUAAAGUUGACCCGAACCCGCCACCGAUCGAGGAAAUUUGCGUUGCCUUUAAUGAGCUGCGUUCGGAUAUGGUGCUGCUGUGUGAAUUGCGCACUGCUCUGGCAACGUGCAACUUUGAGCUGGAAAGCCUGAAGCACCAGUAUGAAGCGCUUUGUCCUGGAAAAACGCUCAACAUUCCGGCAGCGCUGGUGAAUCCACCGGAAGAGGAAUCGUCAAGUGGCAUUGAUGGGAAUGAUAUCGCAGCUAUGAUUUAG